AGAGAGUGAGAAACGUAAAGUGGAGGAGAGAUCAAACGGGUUUCUUUGAUUUUGAAUAGAGAACGAGAAAACAGAAAUGGCGAAGGGAGAAGAGGUUAGUAACAAACAGGUUCUGCUGAAAGAUUAUGUUGUUGGGUUUCCGAAAGAAACGGAUAUGGUUCUCAACACUGGGACCAUAAGCUUGAAGGCUCCUGAGGGUUUGGAAGCGGUUGUAGUGAAGAAUCUCUACUUAUCCUGCGAUCCAUACAUGAGGUUGUGUAUGAAGGAGCAGGAUAGAACCAGCUUUCUUCCUUCUUUCGCGCCUGGCUCUGUUUUAACUGGGCAUACUGUGGCUAAAGUGGUGGAUUCUAAUCAUCCAAACUUCAAGGAAGGUGACUUGGUGUGGGGGAUAAAUGGAUGGGAAGAGUUUAGCUUGAUUACAAUGACAAACUUUCUGCACAAAAUUGAACACACCGAUGUGCCACUCUCCUACUAUAUAGGAAUACUUGGGAUGCCUGGGUUGACUGCUUAUGCUUGUUUUCAUGAGUUGUGCUCUCCUAAGAAAGGAGAAAAUGUGUUCAUAUCUGCUGCAUCUGGCGCAGUUGGCCAACUUGUCGGACAGUUUGCCAAGUUAAUGGGUUGUUAUGUGGUUGGAAGUGCUGGAAGCAAAGAAAAGGUUGAUCUGUUGAAGAACAUGUUUGAAUUUGAUGAGGCUUUCAAUUAUAAAGAAGAGAAUGACUUGGAUGCUGCUUUAAGAAGGUACUUUCCUGAAGGUAUAGACAUUUACUUUGAAAAUGUUGGUGGGAAGAUGCUUGAUGCAGUCCUUCUCAACAUGAAAACUAAUGGCCGCAUUGCUGUGUGUGGGAUGAUCUCCCAGUACAACUUCGAAAAGCCAGAGGGUGUGCACAAUUUGUUUUGCCUUAUUAGUAAGCAGAUUCGCAUGGAAGGGUUUUUGGUUGGCAACUACCUUCACCUUUACCCCAAGUUCCAUGAUUUUAUUAUACCUUUUAUCAAAGAAGGGAAAAUUUCUUAUGUAGAAGAUACUGUUGAAGGCCUUGAUAAAGCACCUGGAGCUUUGAUUGGACUCUUCAGUGGCCGCAAUGUUGGGAAACAGGUUGUGGUGGUUGGUCGUGAAUGAUUACGGCAUUUUGUAAUUCCAUCCGUCUACUCUUCAUCUCAAGUGUUGGGAUAAGACCGAU